CAAAGCAGAACCGGAAACCGGAAACCCUCACUCAGCUCAGCCGCAGGGUUUUCUACACUAUAACAAAGAGAAGCCGGCGGAGAGUUUGAGAGGAACCGAUGGCGCAGUCAUUGGAGUUAUUGCUUAUUCAGUUUCUGAUGCCGGACAAUGACGCCCGGCGGCAGGCGGAGGACCAGAUAAAGCGCCUUGCAAAGGAUCCGCAGGUGGUCCCCGCCCUAAUUCACCACUUACGUACCGCCAAGACGCCCAACGUCCGCCAGCUCGCCGCCGUCCUCCUACGCAAGAAGAUCACCGGCCAUUGGGGCAAGCUUUCUCCUCAGCUCCGUCAACUCGUCAAGCAGUCCUUAAUAGACAGCAUCACUGUGGAGCACAGUGCGCCUGUUAGGCGAGCCAGUGCUAAUGUAGUGAGUAUUAUUGCAAAGUAUGCAGUUCCAGCUGGUGAAUGGCCUGAUCUGUUGCCAUUCUUAUUUCAGUGCAGUCAAAGUCCUCAAGAGGACCACAGAGAAGUUGCAUUGAUCCUUUUCAGCUCCUUAACGGAAACAAUUGGGAAUUCAUUUCGUCCAUAUUUUACUGACUUACAGUCACUGCUGCUUAAGUGCCUUCAAGAUGAAACUAGCAGUCGUGUUAGGGUUGCUGCUCUGAAGGCAGUCGGAUCUUUUCUAGAGUUCACUCAUGAUCAGGAUGAAGUGGUGAAGUUUAGGGAAUUCAUUCCCAGUAUUUUGAACGUAUCGAGACAAUGUCUUUCUUCUGGUGAUGAGGAUGUUGCUAUACUUGCUUUUGAAAUAUUUGAUGAGCUGAUAGAAUCUCCUGCACCUCUUCUUGGAGAUUCAGUUAAGGCUAUUGUGCAGUUUUCUCUUGAGGUUUGCUCUAGCCCCAAUUUGGAACCCAACACACGCCAUCAGGCAAUUCAAAUAAUCUCAUGGCUUGGAAAAUUUAAGCACAAUUCUCUGAAAAAGUACAAGCUUGUCACACCAAUUCUGCAAGUUAUGUGUCCGUUGCUUGCAGAGUCCACAAACAGGGAUGAAGAUGAUGAUCUUGCACCAGAUCGAGCUGCUGCAGAAGUUAUUGAUACCAUAGCCAUAAACCUGCCUAAACAUGUCUUUCCACCCGUUUUUGAAUUUGCUUCUUUGAGCAUCCAAAGUCCCAAUCCAAAGUUUAGGGAAGCUUCAGUCACAUCUCUGGGUGUUAUAUCUGAGGGUUGUUCGGAGCUCAUGAAAGAUAAGUUGGCCCCUGUUCUUCAGGUGGUCUUAGGGGCCCUCAGAGAUCCUGAACAAAUGGUGAGAGGUGCUGCUUCAUUUGCAAUGGGUCAAUUUGCUGAGCAUCUGCAGCCUGAGAUAGUGUCUCACUAUGAAAGUGUUCUCCCUUGCAUUUUAAGUGCCCUAGAGGAUGUAUCCGAUGAAGUUAAGGAAAAGUCAUAUUACGCCCUGGCAGCAUUCUGUGAGAACAUGGGUGAAGAGAUUCUUCCUUUUCUGGAUCCUUUGAUGGGGAAAUUACUUAAUGCGCUGCAAAAUAGCCCUCGCAACUUGCAGGAGACUUGCAUGUCUGCCAUUGGUUCAGUUGCAUCAGCAGCAGAGCAAGCAUUUGUUCCGUAUUCUCAGCGAGUUUUGGAGUUGAUGAAAAAUUUCAUGGUGCUUACGAAUGAUGAAGACCUGCGUUCACGAGCCAGAGCUACUGAAUUGGUUGGUAUAGUCGCAAUGUCUGCUGGAAGGGCUAGGAUGGAAUCCAUUUUACCACCUUUCAUUGAAGCUGCAAUUUCUGGAUUUUCCUUGGAGUUCAGUGAACUUCGGGAGUAUACUCAUGGGUUCUUCAGUAAUGUAGCAGAAAUUUUAGAUGAUGGAUUUGCUCAGUAUCUUCCUCAUGUUGUUCAUCUGGCCUUCUCAUCCUGCAACCUUGAUGAUGGCUCUGCCGUGGAUAUUGAUGACUUUGAUGAGGAUGAGAAUAUUCAUGGAUUUGGUGGAGUUUCCUCUGAUGAUGAAGCACAUGAUGAAGCGCGGGUUCGAAAUAUCAGUAUAAGAACUGGUGUAUUAGAUGAAAAGGCAGCUGCUACUCAAGCUCUUGGCCUGUUUGCUCUACAUACAAAGAAGUCCUAUGCACCAUACUUGGAAGAGACACUGAAGAUUAUGGUAAAACAUUCUUCCUAUUUUCAUGAGGAUGUUCGACUGCAGGCGAUUAUUGGUCUCAAGCAUGUUUUAACAGCCACUCAUGCAGUUUUCCAAGAUCAUAAUGAAGGAGCAGUGAAAGCAAAUGAAGUGCUUGCCACUGUGAUGGGUAUCUAUAUCAAGGCAAUGGCUGAGGAUGAUGACAAGGAAGUUGUUGCUCAAGCUUGUAUGGGCAUUGCUGACAUUACAAAGGAUUUUGGAUAUGCGACUGUUGAGCCCUACAUGGCUGAGCUUGUUGAGGCAACCUUAGUGCUGCUCAAAGAGCAAUCUGCUUGCCAGCUAAUUGAAUCAGACAGUGAGGUAGAUGAUGAUGACACUGCACAUGAUGAAGUGCUUAUGGAUGCUGUUUCAGAUCUCCUUCCUGCCUUUGCAAAGGCAAUGGGUCCUCAGUUUGCUCCUGUCUUUUCAAAGCUGUUUGAUCCUUUGAUGAAGUUUGCGAGAGCAACACGCCCACCCCAAGAUCGAACUAUGGUGGUUGCAAGCCUUGCAGAAGUCGCUCAGCAUAUGGGUGCUCCAAUUGCCAACUAUAUCGAUGUUGUAAUGCCCCUGGUACUCAAGGAAUUAGCAUCUCCAGAGCCAACAAACCGCCGGAAUGCAGCUUUUUGUGCUGGGGAAUUGUGCAAAAAUGGUGGCGAGUCUGUUUUGAAAUACUAUGGCCAAGUCUUGCACGGUCUGUACCCAUUAUUUGGUGAAUCUGAGCCAGAUAAUGCAGUUAGAGACAACGCUGCUGGUGCGGUAGCAAGGAUGAUUAUGGUGCAUCCAGAAUCAAUCCCAUUGAAUCAGGUGCUUCCUGUUUUCUUGAAAGUGCUUCCUUUAAAAGAGGAUCAAGAGGAAUCAAUGGCUGUAUAUAGCUGCAUCUGUAAUCUUGUCUUAUCAUCCAACUCCCAGAUACUCUCCUUGGUUCCGGAGUUGGUAAAUAUUUUUGCUCAGGUUGCCAUUUCACCGGUUGAAACGCCUGAGGUCAAGGCACAUGUUGGCAGGGCAUUCUCUCAUCUGUUUACCCUUUAUGGUCAGCAAUUGCAGCCUCUUUUGGGCAAUCUUCCUCCUGCACACGCCAAUGCCCUUGCCGCAAUUGCCCCUAAGAGCUGAAGCCAGCUAGAGAACCAGUAACUGUCUUGUGCAUUAUUUCACACAAAAUGGAACUUGUUUUCUAAACUUGGAGUCAGACUCAAAUAUGGCUGCUUUUAUACAGGCUUUAUUUUUCACCGUUUCAGCUGUCUCCAGUUUUGUUGCGUGGAGCUGUCUCGUUUGCCAGUUUUGAUACAUCCUACUAUAAUUUUUAGUUCCAAUUUUGUUUUUCCUUGUGUGGGGUUUUGUCAUUACACAGGCGUUUUUCUCAGUGUUUAUUUAUUAAUAUAGAGGUGGGUGAUUGGAAAUGAUUUUGUGGGGGUGUUGAUAAUUCUAUAUUUAUAUAUUGGUAGAACAAGAAAUAAGGUCUGUAUAUCUUCAAUUCUUGUGUGAUUUCGAAUAUUCAUCGAGUGAAAUAUGAGAGAUUUCCUAAAAA